AACCAACGUGUCACCGACAUUGUCAUGUUUACAAUAGAUCUCUCACCCAACUUCAACAAAAACUUGAAAAAAAAUCGCAAAACAGAGCAUCUAGUUUUUCUUUUUUCAAGGGAAAACAGAGCAUCUAGUUCUAAAGUGAGAAACCCAUUAUUUUGUUUUCCCCUAUUUUCUCUCUCCUCCAGUCAAUUUCUUCUUCCCCCACAAAAAAAAAACUUCACACACCAAAACCCAAAAAAAAAAAAUGCAAUUUUUUUCCCAGACCAAAAAAUUCUGAUCAUCAAAAACUAAAACCAUAAUCCCUUUAAUUUAAUUUUUCUCCUCUCUCCUUUGAGCCAAAACGAGGUCGUUUGAACCGUGAUGGGUCCCAGAUUGAUCUCUUGUUUCGGGAAAUCAGGGCGUUCAUCAAGAAACGGCAAAAACGACGUCGCAGCAACGUCAGACGAGGCAAUAUUAGAGGAGCAGAGGAGAGGAGACGGUGUCGUUUUGGUGGAGUUGUUCUCAUCACAAGGAUGUAAAACAUCUCCUGAAGCUGAACUACUUAUGUCAAGAUUGGGCCGAGGUGAUUUUAAUUUGGAAAAGCCCAUUAUUGUUUUGGGCUUUCAUGUUGAUUAUUGGGAUUAUUUGGGCUGGAAAGAUCCUUUUGGAUCAAGUUUAUAUACUGUUCGUCAAAAGGCCUAUGUUGAGUCUUUACAACUUGAUACCAUUUUUACACCUCAAGUUGUGGUCCAAGGUAGGGCCCAUUGUGUUGGGAAUGAAGAAGAGAUUCUUCUUUCUACUAUUGAUUCUGCUCCUAGAUUCCCUUCCCCUAAUUUUCAGGCAAACUUCCAAAGACCAUCAUCUGAAACCUUGCAAGUCACACUGUCAGGACAAGUUCGGAUGAAGAUAGACCAGCAAGGAGCUAAUAUAAUGGUGGCUUUGUAUGAGAAUGGCUUAGUGACGAAUUGUCCAAAGGGAGAGAACACAGGUCGCGUUCUCUCCAACGACUUUGUUGUUCGAAAGCUUGAAAAGCUUUGCUCAAUCAAAGACACCUCCCCAAAGAAGAACAUCUCAGGAACUGUCAAUUUUCCUCUCUGGGAGACUUUCACCAGCAGUAAGUGUGGCAUUGUUGUCUUUGUACAACAGAACAGCUCUCAUCAUAUCUUCGGCUCUCAGAAAUUCGAUGUUCCAGAUAAUCUGUGAAUUCUGAAGAAGAGCUAGAAAAGGGAAUAUGUAUUUGUUUUCUUCUUAGCUUGUUUAAAAGAAGAUUGAAGAAAUUGUUGUUACUGUACUGUGAAUGGGAAAUGAUAAUUGUUUGAAACAUGAUCAUGAUGA